AUGCAAAACUUUUUAGAUACCCCCAACGUCAUCGGUGCCUUCUGUGACGAGUGCAAGAUCGGCACCUUCCACCUGACGCAGGCCAAUCCGGAGGGCUGCCUGCAGUGCUUCUGCAUGGGCGUCACCAGCCAGUGCGCCAGCUCGUCCUGGAGCCGCGACCAGACGAUCCGGUACGAGCCCGGCCAGCGCUCCAGGGUGAUCGAAGGGUCUCCAGACGUGGUCCUGCAAGGAAACGGAAUCUUCCUGGAGCACUUCUCUCAGACUAAGCCCGUCCCCAGGGUGCCCACCACCAUCACGGUGCCCUUGAGGGAGUCUGCAUGGAAACGUGCCGACGGACAUCUCUGCACCCGUGAGCACUUGCUCAUGGCACUGGCAGACACCACAGUAUUCAUGAUCCGGGCAACCUACGCUGACAGCAUGUCCGAAACCAGUAUUGCUGACAUCAGGAUGGACAUCGCAGUGCCACACCCCACUGGACAGGAGCGAGCUCUGGAAGUGGAAGAGUGUGCCUGCCCCCAGGGGUACAAAGGACCUUCCUGUCAGGUGCUCUCACCUUCCUGA